AUGGAGGAGGAAAUUUGUUACAAAAAUAGACCGUGGCUUGGCUUUGACUUGGCUGCUUGGCGUGAUGCCUUUUGUCUCCACAGUAGUGCAACUGUCCCAGCUUCCAAACGGCAGUUGCGGGAAUGUCUCCGCAGACCACCCAGAUCACGACAUUUUCGAUGGAAGUGGUUCCCUUACUUUGCCUUUGGCGGUGGCUUUAUAGCACUGGUGGUUAUCAUAGUUGUCAACAUUGCUCUGACUGGCUACGAGACCGUCACUGUGUUCCGGAGUGACUACGGCACGCGCCAAACGCACUGGUACGACCGUUUUCGGACGAAAGACCCCGCCCCGCUUUGCGACACUCGCGUCUUCAAUGUGGGCGAUACCCUCACAACGAAUUACACUCUCUUCGCUUGGACUUUGGAGAGCAUCACCGUUGCGAAUGCGGGAACCUCGGGGUUGGCGUAUAACGGAAGUACGCUCACGGACUGUGAUGUAUCCUCCCUCUUUAUGACUGGAGACCUGAGGUCCUGGACAAUGAAUUUCGUGGUUUUGAUAUCAUGUUCGAAGAACAAGGAGUACGACAUCACCGCAACCACGAGGUUUUCGAUCUCUUCCUUGCCAGGAAGCUAUUCUCCUCUGCUGGGUAAGGCCCGAUCUCUUGAAGCUGGUGGACAGGGCGAUAAACGAGCUAUAAUUAUCGAUUGGUUGAUACGGGUAGCCAAUACCGACCUAGCCAACCGAGUACGCACCGCUUUUCAGAAUUCAGGGGAGACCAGCUACGUGGUGGCUUCCCUCCAAAUUGACUUCCACCACUGUCCACUGUCCCUCGGUCCAAAGGCAUCGUGUGGCAUCAAACCUCCCACAUAUCUCCUUUCUUCGUCGACUCUCGUUUAUCCCGAUGGAACGCUCUCAGAAUAUAGCGCCUAUUCUCCCAUUGACGAUACCAAUCAGGUCAACAUAGAUGAUGAUAUCGCAGGACCGCUGAACAACAUUAUCAGGAUCAUCCACGCCGCCGCACGCGUCGACCUUGGCAUCGACAGCCCCAACAAUUUGAUUCUCCAUUCCGAGGUCGCCAAUGCGUCCCUGGUAACAACUUUCCCUACAACCGACCUCAAUCCCACAAACGACACGUCGGCUUCCUUGUUGUUGGACUGGAUUAAUCCUACCUCUGUUAUCAAGCCUUAUAUUCCUGUCAAUGUAUCGGGCCCGGCUGAACUUGAAGUGGUUUAUCUAUGUCGGCUACAGCACCGCAAGGCGGCUGGGCAGUUGUUCAUAUCAGUGCUUGUGGCGACGUUGAGCAUGUUCUCAAGUGGAUGGGCGCUUUUCCUCUCGGUGGCUACCAUCAUUGCCAAGCGUCAAGACACAACAGUACCACGACGUUCCCGGCUGAUGGAGUCCCUCAACCUCAAUACUCUCGUGAGCUCCCUACCGACGGCCCAGCAAAACGCUGAGAAGGAGUUGCUCAAUAAUUUCAAAGCCGCGGCUUUGAGCAUCACAACUCUCUAUCGCUCUUCACGGCAGAAUUCAAAGCGUGCUUACAAUGCAGGAUACGCUGCUGCAUGUCAGGAUAUGCUCAACUUCAUCCAGCAAGGUGUCUCGGCUGGUGGCGUCACAGGGCCAUCGGACGAGAUGGAGGGCGGAGGGAUGACGAUAGGUAGAGUGAUGGACUGGACGGAGGCUAGGUUGGACGCCAUUAAAGCUAGAGAGGAGGAGGAAGACGAAGAGGAAGAGAAAGAGAAAGAGAGGGAACGUAUACGCCCCACGGCCACGCCAACCUCAGCGCCUACUACAAACCUUGCGGCGAAGCCCGACGCUAGAAAGGCCACUACCUCUGGCACAAGCGCCUCUACUGAACGACCCAAGCCAUCAUCUCUACCAACCCCGCAUUCCCCCACAGCCCGAUCCAUCCCACUCCCUUCGGAACGCUCAUCACCUUCUCCCCCUUCAACAACAACCACCCUACGACCAACCCAACGUCCCACAAAGUCUAAACCAUCCACAACGAAAGGAGACCCUCCCAAUCCAUCAGCCUCCCAGGUUCCACCAUUCAACCUGAUCUCGGAGUCGCACCCACCCACAUCACAACCCUUUCCCGACACACCAAUCGCCAUAGGUGCCGGCGCGAAACGUCGGCAUGCAAUGAUGAUGAUACUCGAUUCUGGUUCAACACCAGUAUCAAUCGGGGGCUCAUCCAUGCCCCCGCCCUCCCCCUCCGGUCCGGGCAACAUCAACGGAGUGUACAGUGGCUCUCCGAACCACACCGCCGGCUUUGGGAUGAACAGACGGCGGACAAGGAGUACUCGGAGUUUGACCCAUCAAGCACACCAGCAAUCCCAGAAUCAGAACAUCAACAUGAUUCAGGUUGCUUCGGAGGCAAUGGAUAUAGAAGAGGACGGAAGGGAACGGAAGCGCGUCGCUAGGCGGUAA